CAUGGUGGAGGAGAAACCAGCUUAAUUUAGUGACCUCAUUUCCUGUAUGUUUUGCCUGCUGUGAGGAAACAGGCAUGGUAAGCGCAGGAGUGGUGUUACCUCAGUUUAAGGGAGACUUGCCCUACACACACAUACUCCACAAUCCAGCUCUGUUCUCAGCACCUCUGAGAAACUGCUGGACACGUUUGUCCUCAUGAUGCCAUUUUUACGUUAGACGUCAAUGUUGGUGGUGGACACUGAUCUGGAAAAGUGAAGAAUCAAAUUACAUGGCAUUGAAAAAGAACUUGCACCACCGUAUCUUCUCAGUGGCAGAUAUAUCCACCAAGGCGUUGUGUGUCAGGAAGGCGUGAUUUUAUCUAGUUUGCCCUGGAGUCCUGGUCUGCAUAGCACCUGGGUGCAGCCUGCAGCCCUGGGGGUUAGUCAGUUCAGCUCUUGUCAUCUGAACCAUGAGGAUCUGGUGGCUCCUGAUUGUCAAUGGAGUUUGUAUAGGGAGUUUGAACUCACAAGACACGUGCAGACAAGGGCACCCUGGUGUCCCCGGAAAUCCCGGUCACAAUGGUUUGCCUGGAAGAGAUGGACGAGAUGGAUCAAAGGGUGACAAAGGGGAAGCAGGAGAACCAGGACACCCUGGUGGUCCAGGGAAGGAUGGAAUGAAUGGAGAGAAAGGAGAACAAGGAGCUGAUGGAAAAGUUGAAGCAAAAGGCAUCAAAGGCGAUCAAGGCUCAAGAGGGCCACCCGGGAAACAUGGCCCAAAGGGAUUUGUUGGUCCCAUGGGGGAGAAAGGGCUCCAGGGAGAGACUGGUCUUCAGGGGCCAAAGGGGGAUAAAGGUGAUAUGGGUCGCAUUGGUCCACAAGGGCUAAAGGGCAACACUGGACCUUUGGGCCCAACUGGGUUACCUGGUCCCACAGGCCCCAUUGGAAAGCCUGGUCCCAAGGGAGAUGCCGGGCCCCUGGGGCCCCAGGGUGAGCCAGGAGUCCGGGGAAUGAGAGGCUGGAAAGGGGAUCGGGGAGAAAAAGGAAAAAUUGGUGAGGCUCCAGUCGUGCCCAAAAGUGCCUUCACUGUGGGGCUCACUGUGCUGAGCAAGUUUCCUUCCUCAGAUGUGCCCAUUAAAUUUGACAGGAUCUUGUAUAACGAAUUCAACCAUUAUGAUGUGGCCACGGGGAAAUUUACCUGCCACAUUGCCGGGGUCUAUUACUUCACCUAUCACAUCACUGUGUUCUCCAGAAAUGUGCAGGCCGCUGGUCUUUCAGAUGAAGACUCUACACUCUGGGGAUGGACGUGGGCCUCCAGUGUGGCUAAUCAGAACAGCGCCUCCUUCCAGCCGUGGUGAAGAUUUCUAAGACGGCGCUUGAUCCUGUCAGAGCCAAUGAGAUGCCAUCUAACGUUUUAGGAGACCCGUUUGAAAAAACUUACAAUCCUUUUCAGCUGAAGUUAGUACUUCAGCUGGCAGGCAUUGUGCUAAUCUAUAGAGCUAAUCUCUCCAGCAAAACAGCUAGAGAAAACCCAGUCCCGACAACAUUGUUUAGGGUCCAAAAUCCAGCUGUACCUGAAGACAGAAUACCCUGGGCUAUUUUGUUGUGUGGGCCAACAAAUUCUGUUUGCUUAAACCAGAUGGAUGCAGGGGGUUUUUUUUGUUUGUUUUUGUUUUUUCUGUUACUACCGCUUUCUCCUAAAGGAAUCUUAAGUGAUCUGUGGUCCAAGGAGAGGGGCAGCAUGAUUACAGUGGAAAAAGCCCAAGACAGAACUGAGAUGUUUGGGUUGUUGUUCCAGCCAUGACAAAGGAAUUUGAAUUGGGUG